UGUAGACCAGACUGUUGUAGACCAGACUGUUGUAGACCAGACUGUUGUAGACCAGACUGUUGUAGACCAGACUGUUACUGUUGUAGACCUACAGACUGUUGUAGACAUACCGACUGUUGUAGACCAGACUGUUGUAGACCAAACUGUUGUAGACCAGACUGUUGUAGACCAGACUGUUGUAGACCAGACUGUUGUAGACCUCCAGACUAUUGUAGACCAGACUGUUGUAGACGCCCAUACUGUUGUAGACCUACAGACUGUUGCAGACCACACUGUUGUAGACCAGACUGUUGUAGACCUACAGACUGUUGUAGACCAGUCUGUUGUAGACCA